AUGGUGUUAGAAAAUGUUGUCGUUUAUAUUUUGGAUAAAUAUUUGGGUGAUUAUAUCGAAAAUUUAGAUUAUAAAAAAUUAAAAAUUGAUUUAUGGAAUGGAAAUGUGGUUCUAGAAAAUCUUUAUUUAAAACCAAAUGCAUUGGCUGAUUUAAAUUUGCCAGUGACAGUGUUAACUGGUUAUCUUCAAAAAUUAACUCUUGUUAUCCCAUGGAAAAAUCUCUAUAAACAUCCAACAAAAGCUUAUAUCGAUGGUCUUUAUAUCUUAGUUGUACCAAAAACUGAAGUCGAAUAUGAUGCAAAACGAGAUGAAAACGAACAACAUGAAGCAAAAAUGAAAGAAGUUCGAAAAGUUGAAGAUUUGAGAAAAGAAAAAGAAGCUUAUGAACAAUCAAAAGAAACUCAAAAAGAUCAUGAUACAUUUGUUGAACGUAUGCAAUUGACAAUAAUACGAAAUCUAGAAUUAUCUAUUCGAAAUAUUCAUAUUGCCUAUGAGGAUAAAUCAACAAAGCCCGGGCAUCCAUUUUCAUUUGGACUAACAUUAAAUUACAUAGAAUUGAAACUUGGUGAAUUGAGUGCUCUAUCGUUUUAUUGGAAUUCAGAUGCUAAAUCACGUUCAGAUAUGUCUAGAAACGAUAUUGUGGAAGAUUUACGCUCUAAAAUAGCUACGAAAGACUAUGUGCCAGAUCCGGGCGUCGUUGAUUACAUUCUUCGCCCAUUAAAUGUUAUUGCAAAACUUAUAAUGAUUAUGAAACCGAGAGAAGACAAUUUUUCACGACCAAUGUUCGACAUUACCAUUGAUCUUGAUCAAAUUAGUUUCAAUAUCAAUAAAAAACAAUAUUCUGAUAUGCUCGAUUUACUUGAGUUUCAAGAUUAUAUUAUGUUAAAGACAAAAUUUAUAAAGUAUCGACCAAAGAACACGAUUAAAGAUAAAAAUACAAAAGAAUGGUGGGUGUUUGCGUAUAAUGCUAUCGUUAAUGAAGAUGUUCGCCCACAUUUUGAUUGUUACAAAUGGGAAAAUAUUAAAGCACAUUUAGAUCGAUGUCGAGAAUACCGAAAAAUUCGUUUUCAAGAAUUAACUGGGAAAAUAUCCAAUGAACAAAAACAACGAGCUCAAGAAAUUGAAAAAAAACUUGAUGUAUUCAAUUUGACCUAUUUACGACGAAGUGCUGAGAUUGAAGCCCAAAAGAAAAAAGAACAAGAACCGAAAUCAUGGUGGGGUGGGGUGUCGAGUUGGUGGUCAGGAAGCACAAAUAAAGACCCAGAACUUGAUUUGGAAAACGUAAUGUCACCUGAUGAAAAGAAGAAGUUGUUUGGCGCUAUUGGAUACGAAGGUGACGAUACAUCAUCAGCUGGUUAUCCGAAGGAGUAUGUUGAUAUUAAUCUUAUUGUCGGUUUGAAACAGUUGGAUGUAAAUGUUUGGUCUUUAUUAAAAGACGAUGAUGCUGAUUUUAAUGUUGUUGCUCGGGCGGUUGUACCAGGCACAAAUGUCAAUUUUAAACGUCGUCCAGGAUCCUCUGGAAUUAAAGUUGUAGUGGGUUUACGUUCAUUUGAGGUAUUCGGUUUAUCAACGACAGGCACGACAAAUAGGGAGAAUCUAAAUGAAAAUCGUCCAAUAUUAGCUAAACCUCAAAUAUCUGAACAAGAAAGGGAUCUUUUAAAUGUUGAAUUUGAAACAAAUCCACUUGAAUCUAAGUCAGAUUAUAGAAUACAAGUACUAUCAGAAUCCUUACAAAUCACGUACGAUGCGCCAACAAUCAAUAAACUUGUUACAUGUUUUGAACCUGAUAGUAAACGAAAUUUACAAGGAGUUAAACAAGCUGCUUAUUCAACGUACACCGAUGUUAAACAACGUUCUUACUUAUUAAUGAAACAUAAUCUAGAAAAAGUUAAAGUUCUUGAUAUUGAUAUUGAUUUACAGUCAUCCUAUUUUCUUCUGCCAGAAAAUGGAGUUUAUCAAGAGGGUUGUCCACUCAUUUGUAUGGAUUUUGGUCAUUUUACAUUGAAACGAGCUGAUGAAAAUCAAGGCGCAUCGCAGGAGGAAGCGAAAAGUAUUGAAGAAGCAAGAGAACGUUCUUACACGAAAUUUCAACUGCAAUUAGAGUCCAUUCAACUUCUUUAUGCUCAAAGAAAUGAAAAAUGGUACGAAGCUCGAAGUACACAAGAGACUCGUUUACAUUUAAUUCAACCGAUGACUUUAAAUAUGGAUGUAUAUAAGUGUAUUUAUUCGGAUGAUGCCGACUUACCAGCAUUUAAAAUUGCCGGACAAAUACCUGCUAUUGAUAUGCGUUUAUCAGAUGCAAGACUAUUUCAAAUCAUUCACCAUGUGCAAUCAGUACCAUUCCCCGAAACAAAACCCAUCGAUGAAACAACUCAAGAAAUUACACCCAUUGAACAACCGGUACAAACAAAUUUAUCGGCAGUUGAUACCAUGGAAAAAAUUGAAGGAAUGACACCAGUAAAAAAAAUACAGGAAGAACAUGGAGAAAAUGAGACGAACGAGGAAACAAAGAGCGAUGAUAAAAAACGAGAAGAUAUACAAAAGGAAGGAGAAAAAAAAGAUUCUCAUUUUCAAUUGACCCAAUUAGAAGCAACAUUUGAGUUAUCACAGCUUGAUCUUUUGAUUGAAGAGUCUCCAUCAUCUUCAAGAGUAGAUGGUGAUCAACAUCAAGAAGAUAAUGAGGACCGUCCCUUUCUCCGUUUAUCUCUGGUUGCAAUGGUGGUUACAACAUCGGUUAAAACUUAUGAUAUCAACUUUAAUGCAUCUCUAGCUGAUUUAAUCGUUUUACAUCAACAAUUUGUUACACAUUCUGGUGAACCACUGCGUCUCAUCUCAGCCAAACGACAAAAUGAAGAUGAUGAUACAAAAUUGAUCAGUAUCGAUUUUCUAAAAACAUCACUUGAUAAUCCAAUGUUUGAAAAUGAACCAUACAAUUCGAUUGAGAGUAUUGGCACAUUACAUUUUUCAAAAUUAGAAGUUAAUUUACAACUACAAGCAUUACUGAGUAUUCUUAGAUUUCAAGAUAGUUUAAUGAAAAAAUUACCGACAGAAAGCGAGGCAGAAAAACAGAAGAAAAAGGAACUAGAAGACGCAAAAAAAAAUGAAGAAAAGAAGCAAAAAGAACUACAAGAAAAUGGCAAACAGAUAACGACCGCAUUAGAUAAAGGAAAGAAAAAACCAGAAACUGUCGUGGCCGCAGCUAGUCUAGCAAUAAAGGCUGAGUUGGAAGAAUUUCGUUUUCUCAUUUCCACAAAAGACGCAGCCGUAUUUGAUAUCAGUGUUGGAGGUAUAAAGGCAAAUGUAUCCCAACAGCCCAGUAAAACUGCUGUUAAUCUUAUAUUAAGUAAUUUGAAUGUUUAUGAUCCGAAUCCUAGUGCCAAAUACAAGAAAAUCAUAUCACAACAAGGUGACGAUGGUGAACUGUUACGUGUUGAUUUCACAUUAAAUAAUUUACCAGCGGAUCAAGAAAAAGCUUUGGAUACUGUCGAUUGUGAUAUCGAAGUGAAAUUUGCUAAAGCAAAUAUCGUUUUCUUAUUUAAGCAUAUCAAUGUAUUACUGUCAUUUUUGGAGGCAUUAAAUGUCUCAAAAGGUGCUCUGGAAUUGGGAUCAUCACAAUAUGCUGAAACUACUAUAGAAAGUAUUCAAAAAUUACAAGAACAAGCAUUUAAAUUACAUUUGGAUGUUGAAUUUAAUGCACCUAAUAUAUUUAUACCAACAAAUUCUUAUUCAAGUGAAGCAUUACUAUUAGAUUUAGGUAAAUUAUCAUUGCGUACAAAAUUUAUACAACAUGAAAAACGUGGUUUGGUUGAACAACAAAAUAUUAUAAUUGAAAACGUUCUUGCAUCACGCGUUGUACUAAAUGAAAAACAUGAUAUUGCUGGAGAAGCUGUAUUGUUGGAUUGUGAAGCAUUGACAACAACAAUUGACCGUUCAUUACAUCCAGAACAAGCAAAAAGUGAACCGGCAGUGAGCAUGAAAGCAGCAUGGGAGUUUGUUCAUUUUAAAUUAUCAAAAGGUGAUUUUGCAUGCGUAAUGAAAGUAUUGUUGGAAAAUUUUUCUGAAAAUGUCAGCGAUCAAAUGGCAUCCACAUCUAACGAUGAUAAAACAGUGGAACACUAUCAUUAUAAAUCAUCUGAGCAAGAAGAAGAAGAAAAUAAAUUACGUGAUACAGUUAUUCAAAAACAACAUGAAGUUUCAGAAACAAUUACAGAAGUAACACCAACAAUGAAAAUUCGUGCUGAAAUAAAAACACUUGCAUUAACACUCUAUUUGGGUGAAUCAAAUUUGACACAACGUCGUGAAGAACGUCUGGAAAAUUUAAAAUUAGCUGAUGUUCGAAUCGAGAUGCUUGAAGCAAUAUUUAAACAAAUGAAUGAUUCAAGUUAUAAAGCAAUGGGACGAGUUAAAAAUUUUUUGCUUGACGAUUUACGUGAUACACAUAAGAGUGUUGGCGUGACGAGAAUGAUGGACAGACAUUUUUCCGUAGAUCCAUCUGCUCAUAUGUUAGUUGCUGUCUUUGAAUUCAAACCAAAAGAUCAACAACGAGAUAUCGCAUUGAGACAAUUAAAUGCUCAACUAGAAAGUCUUUACAUAUGUAUUAGUCUUGAUUAUCUGAUGACACUACAAGAUUUUUUCAUGUCUGGUUUAUCAAGUGGCACCGAUAAUAAAAGUCCACAAGUGACGGAAGAGGAUGAUGAAGCUUCGAGAGAUACAACGACUGAAUCUCCGAAUGCAUCAAGUUCACCAUCACAAAUCGAUCGACGUAAGGCGGACGACUCAUCACAAUCACCAGUUCCAAAACCACCAAAGAAAGAAAAACCUACUGCACCUCGUCCACCUGGCGUUGAAUUUGAUGUUCAAACAAAAGUCGAUAUUUUGGUUAAGAAUCCAGAAGUUAUUCUACUUGAAGAUCAACAUAAUGCAAAUUCAAAUUGUCUUGUACUUGAUAUGGGUGCUCAAAUGAAAAUGAUUAGUGCCGGUGAUGAUACAAAAAUGUAUGUUUGGCUAAAAGAUUUAACUAUGUAUAGUUCAAAUUUUGCGGAAUUAAAAAGUAGAAGCGAUGACUCAUCAAAAGUGAAAUAUAGGAUUUUGCAACCAGCUAAGGUCGAUGUAAUUAUGAUAACUGAUAGUAAUCAACAAAAAAUUGAUCUUCGUGUAUCCGAUAUUAUUAUUAGUAUUGCACCAGCUGCUGUCAAAACAGUUAUUGGCGUCAUGAAUUCAAUAGGAACAUUAGAGGCAUCUACUACAAAAGAAUUGGAAAAAGUGACUACAAAAUCACUGUUUGAUCCAAAACCAUUUAAAGAUGCAGGUUUUUGGUUUGUCGAUGGUCACGACACGACUGAUGUACUUGAAGCGGUUACAGGUAUUCCAUCUGAACAAAAAGAUGCUGUUGAAGCAGAGAAAAAAAUGAAAGUAAAAGAAGAAGAAUUGGCAACACAACCAAAAGUGAUGCUUCAACAACUUCUAUUCGUUUGUGAUUCAAUUGCAGUUAAACUUGAAGUAGGUUUUGGAUCAUCAACAAAAACUGUACUAGCCAUGACUUUAUCCAAUAUAACAGCAGAUGUUAAAAAUUGGUCAAGUGCAAUGUUAUUAUCGUCAACUGUUUCUGUUGAAAUGGCUUUGUUCAACGAACGUAUGCUAACUUGGGAGCCGUUAAUUGAACCUUGUCUUGAAACAAAAAGUAGUACAAUGAAACCAUGGAGUAUUGCAUGUUCAAUUGUACCGACUGAGGAGGAUGACAUCGAGGAUAGUUACGAGGUUGUAAAUGACCAAAAUGACUCAACAGCAGGGGAACAGGAAGGUGAAAAAAAGUCAGAAAGCAAUCAUGCACCACUAGCCAGUACCAAACAAAUUAUAUUCAUUCGUGCUGAUCAAUUAUUAAAUUUAACAAUCACAAAGACUGGUUUGGAUCUAGCACAACGUCUAUCAGCUUUAUUUAACGAUGUUUAUAACAGACGUUUACCGCCAGGGGAAGAUGAAGAAAAACCAUUAUUAUCCAUGCAGAAUGCUACUGGAAAAGAAUUAGUUUUAUACAAUUUAGAUGGAAUUGAGUUUGUCGAUCGUAACACUUCUUGUAUACUAAAAGAUAAGGAUUCUAUCGCAUUAACGGUACCAACGACAGGAAAUGAUCGUACAGCCUCGACACGUUUAUCGGUUAUUGAAGAACAAGAUUAUCAUCGUAGACAAGAAUUAUCGGUUAAGAUUGAUAAUGAAAUAAAAACCGUUAGCUUAGCGCGUACAUGGCAACGGGUCUAUGAUAUUGGUCCGACAUCAAAUGUACAAUGGCCCGUACAAAUGUUAUGUGAUCCACAAUUGAACAAUGAUAGACGAAAAAUUAUCCUUAGUUCAAUUCUUAAAAUUUACAACAGUACACCUCUACCAUUAGUCGUUCUUCAUGCUGGAGAUGGUGAUAUUAAAAAUGCAAAACGUGUUGCUAAAAUAGCUGUCAAUGAAGAAUAUUAUGUACCAAUAUGGCUAUUAUAUGUUAAUAGUCACUCACCAGUCUUUCUUGCUAUUGACGAAGGAGACGAUGAUGAUCAACCUAUAAAUGAUUUUUUCUCAUUUGAUUGGGUAACCGAAUUUUCUGCUAAUCGAAAACUAAAAUUAAAAAAUGGUUCUGAAGCACAUUUUGUUAUAUUCAAAGAAGUUCAUAAAGCUUAUGCCGAAAAUACUGAUCAGAAUGACAAAAAUGCAUUUAGUCUUUAUAUUCAACCAGCGUUACAUUUUACAAAUUUAUUACCAGUCGAUGCUCAAUGUACAAUCAAUAAUGGUGAGACAAUUGAUAUGAAACCUAGUCAACUACAGAUGGUUACUUCUGGAGAUAAAAAUUCUAUUCUCAUAUUUACUAUUUUGAAUUAUAUUAAACUAAAAUGGGUUAGUGACCCAAUUAAUUUACAAGAAGAUCAAAAAGCUGAAUAUGUACUCAAAUUUCAUGAUCAAUCUGGCGACAGUUUAUAUAUAGCACUACGUAUUGAAACAUUUCAUGAAUCUUAUCGAAUUUUAUUAUAUUCACCAUAUUGGGUAUUAAAUCGAACAUCGUUUAAUCUUGAAUUUCAAAUUGAAACUCAACAGACACAUAUUCUCAGCGAUGAAACACCAUUUUUAAUAUGUCCAGAAAAAUUUGAUGCUAAUGCUGAUUCGAAUAAAAAAGCUCAAAUUCGUUUAACAACUCCUGAUCGUGAUCAUGCUAAUACAAACUGGUGUGAAAAAUUUUCUCUUGAUGUUAUUAAAAGUAUUGGAAUGGCGAUUUGUAAAAUACCCAAUGAUAAAAUAUACAUGUUAUGUGUGGAAAUUGUUACAAGUUCAUUUGGUACAACAAAAAUAAUAACAUUAUCACCGUCAAUGGUUAUUAUUAAUAAUUCAACGGUUGAUCUCGAAGUUAUUGAAACUAUAAAUAAUAAAGAACAAGAUAAGUGGGGACCAUUAAACCCGGGUGACGUUAUUCCAUUUUGGCCUAAUAAUUUUGACAAAGGUUUAAUGCGUGUUCGCUAUACAAACAAAGAUCAUGUUAUUAGUUCUCCAUUUGAAAUGAAUCAAAAACAUCGAACAUUACUGAGAAUGGACGAUGAGGAGCAUCCGGCAAUUAGUGUUGAAGUAACAGCAACGGAUUUCGAUGGUAUUCGAAUGAUCUUUACGGAUUAUAAAAUGGGUGAUGCACCGGUACUCAUUGUCAAUUGUCUUAAAAAUGAUGAAAUUACAUUUUGUCAAAAAGAUGAAGUGAAGAGUCAAAUACUUCCGCCACAAAAUUAUGUUUAUUAUACAUGGAGUGAUCCCAUGAAACCAAGAGAACUUGUCUCAUUGGUAAAAGGAAAUACGACAGUUUUAGAUCUAAAUCCUCAAUGUGGUUUUAUUGGAGAACAUCAUGAAAUAAGCUAUACUUCAUUUAUUGAUGGUCUUCAAACUGUGCUAUUAUUUGGCGAUAACAUUGAUAUUAUUCAAAAAGCAUCUGGCGUACCGUCGUUAGCUGAAUCUAUGGGUCAACGUGUUCAACUCGGUAUUCAUGAUAUUGGCAUAUCAAUUGUCGAUGAUAUCAAACGUGAAGAAUUACUCUAUAUUAGCAUGAAUAAAUCAAAAGUUGUAUGGACUGAACAUAAAAAGAAUCGUUGGAAACCAUUUAGUUCUGAUUUGAAUGACGUAUUAGAAGACAUAUACAGAUCACAUGUGGAGAAAAAAGAAAUGAAUCCAGAAGAUUUAGAUUUGAGAAAGCAGAGAUACGCAGUAAAUGAGAAUAAAACUGUGGUGUUUCAUAAUGAUAGCACCGCUGAUUUAAUGAAUCAACGUGGUCGUACGAAAAAAAUUAGACGUCAAGCAUUAGAUGGAUUGUGGAUUGAAUAUGCGUGGUCAGCAACAAAUUCCGCGUUACAUGUUCGAAUUAAUCGCGUACAAAUUGAUAAUCAAUUAGAUUAUACAAUAUUUCCUGUUAUUUUAUAUCCUAUCACGUCAAAGAUAACUGCUACUGAUACAGCUGAAAAACCAUUUAUUGAAUUGAGUAUAUUUGAAACGAAAAAUGCACGUUCGAAUAUUAUGCAAUUUAAAUACUUUAAAUUACUCAUACAAGAAUUUUCUGUUCGUAUCGAUCAAGGUCUUAUUGUAGCUAUUUUAUCGUUUAUAAAAGCUGAAAAGCCUAUCACAGCUCCCGUUAUUAAUAUGGAUACAGAUUUAGAAUUGAUAAAUAAAUCAUUGCGUGCCAUAAUUAAAGAACAAACAGAUAGUCCAUCUGGUGAAACUGAAAUGUACUUUGAUCAAAUUCAUUUAUCACCAUUGAAAAUUCAUGUUAGUUUUUCAAUGCAUGGUGCUGAUCCUAGUGAAGAAUUAUUAGCCGAAUAUCCAUUAGUAGGAUUUUUAUUAAAGACAUUGAAUGUAGCUGAAGUACAAGAUGUCAUAUUAAAAUUAGGCUAUUAUGAACGUACACAUGAGAGACAAACAUUUUCAAGAUUAAAUUCAGAAGUGACCAGACAUUAUCAAAAUCAAUUUAUGAAACAACUACAUGUUCUCGUUUUGGGACUCGAUGUAUUAGGAAAUCCGUUUGGAGUUAUUCGAGGUAUUGCUGAAGGUGUUGAAUCAUUAUUCUACGAACCAUAUAAGGGUGCUGUCGAAGGUCCACUUGAAUUUGCUGAAGGUGUUGUGACCGGUGUGCGUACAUUAUUUGGCUCAGCUUUUGGUGGUGCUGCAGGUGCCGUUUCAAAAAUAACCGGUGUAUUAGGCAAAGGUUUAGCAACAUUGACAUUUGAUGAAGAAUAUAAACAAAAUCGUAUUCGACGAAAAGAGCCUACAAACAAUGCACAAGAUAUCGCUGUUGGUGGAAGAAAUGUCGUCAUGGGCUUUGUUGAUGGUGUGACUGGAGUUAUUAGGAAGCCGAUAGAAGGUGCCAAACAUGGUGGAGCUGGAGGGUUUGUAAAAGGUCUUGGAAAAGGUUUUAUUGGUCUUGUUGCACGACCAACAGGUGGUAUUGUCGAUUUUGCUAGCACAUCAUUAGACAUGGUUAAACGUGCGGCGACAAACGAAGAACUUAUACGUCGUGUACGUUAUCCAAGACAUAUUGGCAAAGAUGGAUUGGUUCGACCUUACAUUGCACAUGAAGCUAUGGGAUUUUAUAUUCUAAACAGACUUGAAGAAGGUCAAUAUAAAACUGAUACAUAUGUUGCACAUAUCAACUGCGGUGAAUCACCACCAUGUUGGUUAAUGGCUACAUCAAAACGUAUUGUAUUUAUAACUGAAAUAUCGUUUUUGGGUCAAUAUGAAGUUGACUGGCAACUAGAGUAUGGUGACUUAAAAGAAGAACCGGUUAUAAAACCAAAUAUCCAACAAAUACAAAUAUUAACAAAAGAAGCCAAGAAGACCGGGACACUUAAAUCGCAUAAAUCAUAUGGAAAAAUGAUAAAAUAUCGAUCAAUUAUUGAGGCCAAGUAUAUUAUUGGUAAAAUAAUUGAUGCGAUGCAUACUGUCGGACUAUAG